AAUAAUAUUAUACCUCAAGCUUUUGUCGUUUCCAACGAAACAAAAAGCGAAAGACGGAAGAAGAUUCACAACUCAACAAACACACGUAAGCCUCGUCGUUAUGACAACCUAAAACCAUUCACACCUGGGCAGUUCAUCUUCGUCAAUUUAUAGGACUAGAGCAGACUCCACUAUUAUCCGUAUAUUAGUUGAUUAAAGCAUAAAUACUGAAUAUUUUGCUCAAAGAAAUCGAUCAAAGGAGAAGCAGAGAUGGCGAAACUGUUGCAGGAUCUUGUGUACCAGGAAGAAUCUCCUUCGAUUUACACAACAGCCCUAUCUGGGAUAACUCUCUUGUUUUUGGCUUACUUGGGUAUCUCAGAAACCUUGGGAAAUCACCUCAAGUACUCCAAAUUCUGGAACGUCAAUUCACAGAAAUCUGGAGGGGGAAUCAAACUACCCAGCAGAACUGGGAUGCUUCUACUCUACAGCCCAGCAGCCGUUGCGGAUCUUGCUUCAUUUCUGAUCUUCCCCGGUGGUGGAAUCAGGUUCUUGAUGCUCAAAUUAGCUAUUACCAUUCACUUCUCCAAGAGGGUCCUAAAUUAUGAUUUCUGAAUUUUAAUGAUCAAUGUG